AUGAAGUUGACCCUUCCGUUCCUUUUCAUACUAAGUGUUACAUUGCUCGACAAUGUAAUUAAGUGUGACGAGGAGGUGACCAUUCCUGACCCCCCGCAAUCGCAAGAUGAAAACCCCGAGAGCAAGGAUAACCCGCCGGGUAACUCGGACCCCCCCCCUCACAAAGGCGCUGGCGCAGUGGAGCAAGCGGUAGACAAGUCAGCAGAUAAGCCAGUAGAUAAGCCAGCAGAUAAGCCAGCAGAUAAGCCAGCAGAUAAGCCAGCAGAUAAGCCAGCAGAUAAGCCAGCAGAUAAGCCAGCAGAUAAGCCAGCAGAUAAGCCAGCAGAUAAGCCAGCAGAUGAGCCAGCAGAUAAGCCAGCAGAUAAGCCAGCAGAUGAGCCAGCAGACCAACCAACAGAUGAACCAACAGAUGAGCCAGCAGAUAAGCCAGCAGAUAAGCCAGCAGAUGAGCCAGCAGAUAAGCCAGCAGAUAAGCCAGCGGAUCAACCAACAGAUCAACCAACAGAUAAGCCAGCAGAUAAGCCAGCGGAUCAACCAACAGAUCAACCAACAGAUCAAGCGCUCACUCAGCCAGCAGACCAACCAGCAGACCAACCAACAGAACAACCAACAGAACAACCAACAGAACAACCAGCAGACCAACCAACAGACCAACCAACAGAACAACCAGCAGAACAACCAACAGAACAACCAGCAGACCAACCAACAGACCAACCAACAGAACAACCGCUCACCCAGCCGAACGUGGAGGCAUCAGACAGAGCUACAGCAGCUGCGUUGAAAAACCCGAACGAAAUAGAAGCCCAGUGCGCGCAGCUUAAAGACCAAGACGGGGUGAAAAUCACGGGGCUCUGCAGGGCGAAGUUUCAGGUGUUCCUUGUCCCGCACGUAACCAUAAAUGUAGAAACAGAGACGAACACAAUUUAUAUAGGAAAAAAACUUGACGAUGUUGUAAUCACGAAGAAGCAGAACAAGGUGGUUAGCAGCAAGUCGUCCCCGUUGUUACAGUUUGAGGAGAAUGCGGAUUCCCUCCUCAACCAAUGCGCAGAGGGGAAGACGUUUAAAUUUGUGGUGAUCGUUAAGGGGGAAGAGCUCAUCCUCAAGUGGAAGGUCUACGAAAAGGAGCCUUCAGCAACGGACAACAACAAAGUCGACGUGAGGACAUUCCUCUUGAAGAAUACAGAUCGACCAAUCACCGCCAUACAGGUGCACACGGCAAAAGGAAACGAAGAGUCCUUCCUUUUAGAAAGCAAGUCAUACUUUUUAAUAGAUGAUAUGCCAGCCAAAUGUGGCCUAAUAGCUACGAACUGUUUCCUCAGUGGCAGUUUAGACAUCGAAGGAUGUUACAAGUGCACCAUAUUGUCCGAAAACACUGAAUUGGACAGCCCCUGUUUUAGUUACCUCCCUCCUGAUGUUAAGCAUAACUAUGAACAGAUAAAAAGUAAGGCGCACCAGGUGGACCAGAAGGAGGUCCAAUUUGCAGUGUCUAUUGGGAAGAUCCUCCAAGGGGUGUACAAAAAAGGAGAAACUAAUUUAAACCAGUUGCUUACCUUCGACGAAGCAGAUGCAGCUUUGAAAGCGGAACUGCUAAAUUAUUGUGCCUCUAUGAAGGAGGUGGACUCCAGCGGAGUGUUGGAAAACUACGAGUUGGGAAGUGAAGAAGAAGUGUUUGCCAACCUAACGAAUAUUUUGAAGAAUCAUGCAGGAGAAACGAAGUCUACGUUACAAACCAAGUUGAAAAAUCCAGCCAUAUGCUUGAAAAAUGCAGACGAGUGGGUGAAGAGCAAAAAAGGGCUUCUACUUCCCAGCUUGUCUUAUACCCAUGUGGAGGCUACCCUCCCCGCGACUGCCCCAGAAAACGAAGAGAAAAAGGAAGACACACCCAAGGGAAGCGAGAAAAUACAAACGAACGGUUACGAUGGCGUUAUCGAUUUUGUGUCACGCGAAGAGACCAACAUGCAGUCCACUAGUUUUAUUGACAAUAUGUACUGCAACGUGGAGUACUGCAACAGGUGGAAGGAUCCAAGCAGUUGCAUGGCGAAGAUUGAGGCGGGGGAUCAGGGAGACUGCGCUACGUCUUGGCUCUUCGCCUCGAAGGUGCACCUGGAAACGAUCAAAUGCAUGAAGGGGCACGAUCAUAUUGCUAGUUCUGCUCUCUACGUGGCUAACUGUUCCAGUAAAGAAGCGAAGGACAAGUGUCAAGCGCCGUCGAAUCCGCUAGACUUUUUGAACACUCUAGAGGAGACCAAAUUUUUGCCAGCCGAGUCGGACCUCCCAUACUCUUACAAAGCGGUGAAUAACGUCUGUCCCGAGCCGAAGAAUCACUGGCAAAACCUUUGGGCCGAUGUGAAGCUCCUAGACAAGCAGUACCAACCCAACUCGGUGAGCACCAAGGGGUACACCGCCUACCAGAGUGACCACUUCAAGGGCAACAUGGACGCGUUUAUCAAGUUGGUAAAAUCAGAAGUGAUGAACAAGGGAUCUGUCAUCGCUUAUGUGAAGGCGGCAGGAGCACUCAGUUACGACCUGAAUGGGAAGAAGGUACUCUCUCUUUGUGGGGGUGAAACGCCCGACCUCGCUGUCAACAUAGUAGGUUAUGGUAACUACAUAAACGGGGAGGGAGUGAAAAAGUCCUACUGGCUUCUACGCAACAGCUGGGGAAAGCACUGGGGAGAAGACGGAAACUUCAAGGUGGACAUGGAUAGUCCUCCUGGAUGUCAGCACAACUUCAUCCACACCGCUGCUGUCUUCAACGUGGACCUUCCCCUGUUGGAGAACUCCGAGAAAAAGAGACCAAUGUUGUACAAUUAUUAUAUGAAAAGCUCGCCCGAUUUUUACAACCAUAUUUUAUAUAGAGGGGUCCAAACAGAGGAGCGGGAAAUUGGGAUAAGUGGAGAAGACAAGACGAGCAGUUUUGUUGUUUCUGGACAGAACUCUGGAGGAGAUACGUUGGACGGUGCGGAGCAAUCCUCUGUUGUGGUAGAGGGAAAGGAAAAGCCCGCUGAGGGAGGGGACGAGUCCACACAGGAAGUUGAGUCGCCACCCAAGGCAGGAACAGACGAAUCAAAAGAAGCAGAUGAACAGGACGAAGAGGUGGAGGAGGAGGAACCGGAGGAGGAAGGGGACGGUGAACAGGAGGAAGAGAGGGAUGAUGAGUCCGAGGAGGAAGAGGAGGACGAGGAGCAAGAAGAGGGAGUUGCGGAACAAGAAGUGGGCGGAGCAGACGCAGAAGUGGGGGUUGCGGAACAAGAAGUGGGCGGAGCAGAAGCAGAAGAGGGCGGAGCAGAAGCAGAAGAGGGCGAAGCAGAAGUGGGCGAAGCAGAAGUGGGCGGAGCAGAAGCAGAAGUGGGCAGAGCAGAACCAGAAGAGGGAGACUCCGAAGCUGCGAAGAAAGGCGUGGAAGAACCACAAACCGUAGCGUCGCCUAGCGCGUCUGUCAACUCAACGCCCCCCUCUACAGAACCUGCGCCAAAGCAUAACACCUCGCUCAUUAAAGUUAAACAGAUAAUGGAAGUGGUUCAUAUUAUAAAACACAUAAAAAAUGGAAAGGUGAGGUUCGGCAUAACAACAUACGAAGAUGACAUGGGCAUUGCAAACAAGCACGAUUGUUCGAGGUCUUAUUCGCAGGACCCAGAGAAGCUAGCCGAGUGCAUACAGUUCUGUCAUGACGAAUGGAAUAACUGCAAAGGUGAGCCCUCCCCAGGGUACUGUCUCAAUAAACUGAGAAGAAAAAACGACUGCUUUUUCUGUUUCGUGUAA